AUGGCCCAGCUGAUUCCGGGUGCUUUAGUGCAAGUCUCUGGAACGUACGAGGAGGCAAACGCCCAAACAAGUCUGGUCAUUGAGGUGGGUGAAGCAGUAGAGAUCCUUGGCCGAGUGUCAGUGGAUGGGCCCGCUCAGCUGCUGCGCCGGGAGGGCCCGCAAUGGCUGGCUCUGAGCUUUGCCGGGCAGCUGAUCCGCGUGGAUCAGCCCAGACCGCUGAAUGCGGUCGAUGACUUCGUGCUAGGGCCAGGCUCCAAUAGCGAAGUCCUCGCGGAUGCCAUGGCCUCGCAGCUGAUUAUGGACGGCUACUGCGAAAGUCGAGCGCUCAACCUCCGGAGCGAGGUGGAGGCGAUGAUUUCGGCCACCGAGAGCCUCGGCUAUGUGAGGUAUCUCGAUUUCAGUCGAAUACCUGCAGAGUUUGAGCCAUACUAUUUGGGGGUCGAGAGUAAAGAGAAGCAUGCCUUGAUCGACUUGGAGGAAGCCUCGGAGGAGCUCAUCCGAAUCUUCCAAGAUGAGGACACACGCCUUACGAGGCUGAUGGAUGGCAUCACGCCCGUCUUGAGAAGUGAGCUGGGAAGUCGAAUCACCGGCCGCACGAAUCUCAUGGUGAGACAAACCUUUAGCACUGUGGAAGAGGAGAAGGCCUUCCAAGCGACUGAGCCGGGUAGCGGAGAGCGGGAGACCUUCAUGAGUUUGGUGAAGCGGCGGCGUGUGUGCAUGAUGCACUUCCUGGGGCCUCGGACUGGGACGCUGAAGCUGCUCCCAAGAGCUGACCGGCCAGAGAUCACCAUCGAGGCAACACCAGGCAAGCUGGUGAUGUUCCUGACGGAGCGCUUUCGGCUACUUGGACAGCGCCCUGAAUACGUCAUGCAAGGCUUCGGUGGAGACAUGUCAGCUAGUGCUAGCUCCUCUGGCGGAGAGCGGUGUGCCUCCCCCGAAGGUCACAACGCGAGUCGUGUGAGUCGUGAGUCUGGCCGCUGUGCCGGUUACGAUCUCAAUGUCUAUUACAUGGAUGUGGACAAUAUGGAAGCCCAGGCAGAGGGGAAGGCCUACACCGCCCACCAGAAACACCAACGCAGAGUGGCGCCACAAAAAGCGAUGUUCCGCGCGUGCCGCGGCGCGGUCGGGCGUGCCUUUGCCUCGGAACGGUUCACUCAACGCCUCGGCCAGUUGUUGGGCCCAGAAAGCAACCGCUGGUGGCGACGACUAGAAGGUAAGAAGACCUUGCCUGGGUUGUCUGCAACGGCAAAGGCUAAAGAUCUGGAACUGAGAUUUGAACGUUUAGGCAAUGUCAAUGCUGGAUGUGUACCGGAAGUGGUGAUUACGCCAAGAGGUCAGCUGGAUUUGAGUGCUGCCAGGGCCUUGGCUUUUGCACUGGCCAAGGAGCAUAUCUCCGUGUUGAUUUGGGAUCGGCGCGGCUCAGGGGCAUCAAGUGUUUGGGCCCCUUUGACCGAAGCAUCUUUGCCGGAGCAAGAGGUGGAGGACUUGAAAGUUCUCUUGGACUUUGUCCAGACAGAUCGCGUGGUCUUAGUGGGCUUGAGCUCUGGUGCUCGCCUCUCGGCACUCUUCGCGGCCAAAUAUCCCUCUCGUGUGGCCGGGUUAGCUGUACUGCCCACAGGGGAUGCGGCUGGAGCCGCCUCGGUGUUGGCACAAGCCUACUAUGGAGACUGCAGAGAGGUGGCAGAGCAGGGUGGCAUGGAAGCGAUCGUGGCCACCCCUGGAAGCCAGUUCCAUGCUUUGGCUCAAAGAGAGAUGCAGCGAAGGGCGCUUCUUUCAGUGGAUGUGAAAGAGUUUGUAGAUGUGAUGCUGAACUCCCAAGUCUUCAUCGAGGGUUUCAUUGGUGAAGCUUUCUUAGGGCUCUACCCAGAGGACUUGCGGCAACUACAGAUCCCCGCGCUUGUGUUUCACCAUGGCUUCAAGGAUGACCGACUCCAUGUGCUGGAGGACGCCGAAGAGGUGGCAAGGCAUCUCAAAACGUCGCUAGAGGACGCCGCAGAUGUCGAAGCGCUGCAGAUGGCUCUGAUCGCCUUCGUGAAGUCCGUCGCUCCGGCUGGUGGCUCCGGUCGGCCUGCUUGA